UCCUUGUCCUUGUCCUUGUCCUUGGGACAGCACAGCACAGCACCGCUCCUCAUCUGAAUUUCCCCUUUCCUCUUUCUUCUUCUUCUUCUUCUUCUUGUUGAGGCUGCUUGAAGAAGGUGCCGGAGAUGUCGUCGUCGUCCUUGUCCAAGGCCAGAUUCGAGGGUAAAGGAGGAGGAGGAGCAGGCGGAUCCGGGAGAUCCAUAUCGCUGGCCGCCUCCAGGGCCAAGCUCGCCGCCGCCAAGAAAGCCGCUACUACAGCUAGCGGCCGGGGCAAGGCCAAGGCCAAGGCCAAGAAGGUCUUCUCCCUCACCGGCCAGAAGUUCGACACCCCAGAGGAGAGGGAGCCCCUGAGGAUCUUCUACGAAUCGCUCUCCAAGCAGAUCCCAUCCAGCGACAUGGCCGAAUUCUGGUUAAUGGAGCAUGGGCUGUUAUCUCCGGAGAGAGCCAAGAAAGCCUAUGACAGAAAGCUCAAACGGCAGCAGCAGAUCAAAUCAGGGACCCCCAUCAAGUCGCCAAAUUCCACCACUGUCACCAAACACAAACCUGCAGAGAGCUGGAAGAAACCGGUACCACUGGUUUCUUCUUCUUCCACAGCGCGUCACAACACAGAUCAUUCCGCCGCCAAGGCCAAGAGAAGAGUUGAGUACAGCAGCGACGAUGACCACGACGACAAAGAAUUCGUUGUCAAGCUCAAGAGACCCAAUUUCAACUCCAACUCCAAUUCCAAUUCCAGGGGUGGCUGAACAACUCCUCAACAUUGAUGAAUGGGCCCGUCUGUCUGUUUGUUUCUUUCCAGCUAAGCACAUAUCCUACUACAUGGAUCAAGCAAUACCAUCUCAGAUUCAGACUCAGAUCACUAACUCGACUUUUAUUUAUUUUGUUUUUCACCCUACAAGUACAACAAUGAAUUGGCUCUUCUGACUACAUACAUAUAUAUGCCUGUCUGUGUAUUUGAGUUCAGAGACAAGAUAGACAUUUACUACCUUUUUGUUGUAAGCAAUGCCUGGUGAAAAUAAUGAAUGAAUAAAUGAACACAUUCAGUAAGUUCGUAUGUGUAUAUUG